CCUCCGCCCUGCCGCAGAAGGGGAGGGUACCUUCACUCUGAAGAUUUAAAAAGGGAACCCCAAACCUAUAGGAGAUCUUGUGACACACUAUCCCAAGAAAAGAAGACUGAAAAUUUGCCACUGAUCUAAGUAUGAAGGGACAGCGUAAACUGACAGCAUCCGCAAUGGCACUGUUCCUUGCAGUAUCCUUCCUAUCUUUCUCCUGGAGCGCACCUCAGUCUCAUUUUCAAAGAAGAAACUGGACUCCUCAGGCUAUGCUCUAUUUGAAAGGUGCACAAGGACGUCGAUUCAUCUCAGAUGAGAGCCAGCGAAAGGAUCUGUUCAACAGAAUGCAGCUUGAAACACGGAGCCAAAACACAGAUCCUUUAUCUCUUUCUGAAGCUGCAGCACUGUUCCUUAGUUCCUUACAGAAACAAGUUGAAGAAGAAAACAGUGAUCACCCUGGCUACUUGACAGAGAACGUAUCAAACUGAUGAAAUAUUUCAAAUUUCCUUAAAGUUUGUAUUGCACAUAUCCUGAAAUCAUGAUUUGUGCAAACAGUAUUUCAUCCAUUCUCAUUUAAGUUCCAAAAGGGUGAUGUAUAUACAUGUUGCAACAUUUUGGAUGCAAACUGAUUAGAAGUUACUAGUUCAGAUAAGGAAAUGAUUUGCAAAGUUCCUGUCUCGUUUAGACCACUUUGUAUGUCCCACCCAAAAUUUAAAAUACUCUGUACAAUCCUACCUGCAAAGAUCUUUACUCUAAAACUAUCUUUUUGGACAAUUACUUCAUUUAAAACAAUUUUUAAAUACUCUUUGAGAAACCUUUUGCCAUAUUCCACCCAGCUCUAUAUUGAAGUCAUUUUAUUUCUGAUAAAGGCAGAUUCCUUCAUCACUUCACUGCUGGCCCUGUAAGUUGCUGAUGGUCAAUAAAGUCAGUGAGAUAUUGAAAUGAUCCAGCUAUCUUUGACUGCAAAGCAAGUGGGUUUUUUUGCAGGCGUCUAUCAACACAAGAAUAGGCAAUAGUGCUGAAUUUGACCCCAGUGCUGCCCCAGGUCCAUGCGUGCAGAAGUGUACACUCUGAACAAUCCAACUGCAUAAAGAUAGUAUUCAGACAGAUCUUUAAAGGAUCGGGGCUUCAUUGAUGACUAUGGCAUACAGUCACUACUGUUGUCAGGAGGUGCAGUACUGCUGGAGCUGCUGGUGGUGAACUAGCUACAAAUCUGGUGCCAAGCAUGGCAACAGGCACAAAGAAUAUUAAUUGCAUUGUUAUUAUACUUUUUUUUUGGCCUUUGUUUUGAGUUGCAAAACUGGAAUUAUACCUAAAUUGGUUAAUUAUUAUUCCAUGCUGAUAAGGAUAUGUUUAAUAUUAUUUAUGUAG